AUCAAACGUUAAACAAUUUUAAAAUUAGCAAGACUACUUCGUUAUGGACGUCUGUCAUCAUCAAUUAACAAAAUCCAAAGUCGCAUUUGGACAACAUUUCUUAAUUAAAUCUUAAAUGUCAACUUCUAUGCUCAAUAAACCUUUAACCAAUUUAAUCUCAACAUGUAAUUUUCAAUUCAGUUUUCAAUCUAUAUCAACAAGCAAGUAGCAAGCCCUUGCAGAGAGAGAGAGAAAGAUGGCUCCAUUAUCAAAGAAAACUAUACAACAUUUCACCCAUUGCCAUACGUUAACAGAAACUUCCGCAAACAUAGAGUUCCUCUGCAAUGGCUGCUGGACUCCAGGUUUUGGCACAAGGUAUCGAUGUGAACCCUGUGAUUUUGAUCUCCAUGAUCACUGUGCCACCUGCUCUAUGGAACUCUCUUCUUUUAUGCACCAACAUGAUCUCAAACUAGUAGUUCGCAAGCCACAGGCUACGCGCCAGAACGACCGUGUCUGUGACUUGUGUGGCGACCCUGUCGAAGGGCUUUUCUAUAGGUGCAAGCUUUGCGAUUUCGAUGUGCACCCUCUUUGUACCCAAUUGCCUGAAUAUGUACGGCACGUGAUGCAUAAGGAUCAUCCUUUGAGGCUCCAACGUUCGGUGCCUGGUAGGUGCAAGGUCUGCAAAGACACGUGCACGUCUUGGCAUUAUAGAUGUGGGAUUUGCUGCUUUGAUCUUCACCUUGAGUGUGUUUUAGCACCUUGUGCGGAGGCGACGAAGACUACGACAACGUCAACGCCUCGAUCUUUGAAAACACCAGCUCCACCACCAUCAGCUCCGCCAUUUUAUGAUGCUUGUUAUGCUUAUGGCUAUGGGGCCAUUCCGCCGCCACCUUAUUUUUCGUAUGCUUGCGGGGUCCCUCCUGCACCGCCUUAUUUUGGUCCUUAUGCUCAUGGCUAUGGAAUCCCCUCUAGCUCUGGCCAACAUAACGUUAAUAGUCAGCAUAGUAAUAGUAGUCAAGUUCAGGGACGUAGUGGAAAAGUUCGAAAGAAAAUGUACGCAAUUGCUGGGAAUCUGGCUCUUGGAGUGCUUAGUAACGUUGUUUUUGGAGCCUUGUUCUCGUGAUCGAACUCGUAAAAACAUUGAAGUUUCAAUUGCUUUCUUUGCAUCAAAUUUAC